AGAUGCGGACAGGAGCCUGCAGGGGCCUGAUCAGCUGUGACGAGUCUGUGGAAGGAACAGGCUGCCCUCACAGGAAGUGUGAGUUCCCAGAAUAUAAUCAAAGAGGAAGUUAUGCUGAUGGUGCUUGUUUUUUUAAUUCUGCAAAAAUGUUCAAGUCAAAGUGGUAUGCACUACAGAUACUCUCCUCCAGAGCUGUGUUUUUAUUCCUGAUUGAUUGUAUCUUGAAGAAGUCAAAGCUGCAUAAUAUUCCACUGGGCAGAUACACCAUCAUUUAUUCAACCACUCUCCUACGUAUGGACAUCAAUGUUGUUCCCAAUAUUUCGCAAUACCAUCAAAGCUGCAGUGAGUAAUCUCGCACCUAUGUAUUUUCUUACCGUCAGAAGUGUAUCUGCAGAGUAAAUUCCUAGAAGUGGGAUUGCCGAGUCAAAAAGCUUAACAGAGAAGGCUUCUUUCUGCUUCUGCUGGUGCCCAACCCAGGAGCUCUUUCAGCUCCACUGAGGAUUUCAGCUCAACACAGUUUUAAGCAUCGUUUCCCACCUCGCUGCUGUUCCAAGAUGUCAGGAGAAAGCAACUGCAAGGUGAAACACAGAUCCCACCACCCUUCCAAGAACUUGAACCAGCGCGAGGCACAAGAACACUCCAAUUCCUGCUCUCUGGAGAUGCUGUUACGCAGACUGAGGGCCACAGAAGCCAACCAGGAUGACAAGUUUGCCCAUGUCCUGGAUGCGGUGGGGGAGUUCGGCACAUUCCAGCGGAGACUGGUGGUCCUCACUUUCAUCCCCAACAUCCUGUUGGCCUUCUUUAUCUCUGCCGACGUCUUCGUGUUCACAGCCCAGAAGCCCUAUUGUAAUACCAGCUGGAUCCUAGCAGUGGGCCCCAACCUCACAGAGGCUGAGCAGAUGAACCUGACCCUGCCCCGAGAACCCAACGGAAGUUUCCAGACGUGCCUCAUGUACUUGCCCGUAGCCUGGGACCUGGAUUCUAUCAUCCAGUUUGGCCUCAACCACACAGAGUCAUGCCAAGAUGGGUGGAUCUACCCUGACACCAAGAAGCGAUCACUGGUCAAUGAGUUUGACUUGGUGUGUGGCAAGGAGCAGAACUCGGAGAGCAUGCAGACCAUGUUCACCGCGGGCAUCCUGACCGGGUCCCUCAUCUUCGGACUCAUGAGUGACAAGCUGGGCCGCUACCCCACCAUCCUGAUGUCGCUGCUGGGGCUGAUCGUCUUCGGCUUCGGGACAGCCUUCGUCAACACCUUUCACCAGUACCUGUUCUUCCGCUUCGGCGUGUCCCAGGCCUUGGUGGGCUACACCAUCAGCAGCGUGUCUUUAGCCACUGAGUGGCUAGUGGCUGAGCACCGGUCCCAUGCCAUCAUCCUGGAACACUGCUUUUUCUCUGUGGGAGUCAUGUUCCUGACAGGGCUUGCCAACAGCCUUCCCCACUGGCGGCUGCUGUUUCUGGUGGGUGGCGCACCUGUGUUCCCCCUCAUCUUCUAUAUCUGGAUCCUGCCGGAGUCCCCACGGUGGCUGUUGAUGAACGGGAAGUUGGAGGAAGCGAAGCAGAUACUGUGCUACGCGGCUGGCGUGAACAAGAAGACCAUUCCCCUAAGUCUGCUGGACAAGCUCCAGCUGCCCAGAAAGAAGGUGACUAAGGCGUCUGUCCUGGACUUCUAUAACAAUAGGUACCUCCGAAAGGUGACCCUGGUGAUGGGCUGUGUGUGGUUUACUGUCAGUUACAGCUAUUUUACGCUGUGCUUCAAGUUGAAGGAUUUUGCCAUGAACAUCCACUUCAGACAAGUGAUUCCUGGCAUCAUGGAGGUGCCCGCCCGGCUGUGCUGCAUCUUUCUCCUCGAGCAGAUCGGGAGGAAGUGGAGCCUGGUUGUGAGCCUCUUCCAAGGCACCCUGAUGUGCCUGCUUAUCCUUAUCCUCCCCCCAGAGCUGAAAUCCAUAAUGGUCUUGAUGGUAGCGCUUGGAGAGUUCAGCCUGGCGGCCUCGGUCACCGUGUUCUUCAUCUACACCGCUGAGCUCCUGCCCACGGUUCUCAGGGCGACAGGGCUGGGGCUGGUGUCCCUGGCCUGGGCAGCUGGAGCCAUCUCGUCCCUGGUGAUCAUCAGCCAGAGACUCACCCUCCUCCCCAUCCUCCUCUGCUGCGUCUCGGCCAUCCUGGCCUUGUUCUUCUGCUCCCUGUUGCCAGAAACGCAAGACCAGCCUCUCCCUGAUAUCCUGGAGCACUACCCCCUUCAGACAAGAAGUCUGCCCAGCUCUCCCGGAUGCCGCCGCGACGCCCUCCGUGCAGCCUGGCCUCUGCCAGCUCCCGCCCUCUUGGCUCUCCUGACCAACCCCGGGCCAGGUCUUCCCCUCUGGCUGCCUGUCCGGACUGGGUGCUGUCCAUGGAGAUGCCCUGGGCUCCCUCCCUCCCAUGGCAGAGGGACUGGCUGGCCACCAGCUCUCUGAGUACCUCUGAUUUCCGGUCUGAACUCUCAGGUUCUCAAGGAGGACCCAGUCUUGAUUCGUGACUCUGACUUCAAGGCUGCAGCAGCCCGGGGCCCCGUUUGGGAGUUGGGCUCCUUCCUGAUUGCUCCAGGGGCACUUCUGGCCUCUGGUCUCGUCUGGUCUCGUGACUAUUUUAUGGGGAGAAAGUCUACACUUAAUGGGCUCUGAGGGAGGGAUGCACAGGACCUAUAGACGGCCCAGGAGGGAGGACCUUCAGCUUGGGGGGUUGAGGCAGGCGUCACAGAAGAAGUGACAUUUGAGUAGGGCUUUGAAGGAUGAAUAGGAGUUUGUCCCCUUGUAGAGAGGGGGAAAUGCAAAGCAGCCAGGGGAGCUAAGAAACAGCCUCUGGAGCCAGAGGGCCUGGAUUUCUGUCUCUGCUCCCGCUUCCUAGCAUGUGCCCAGGGGGGUUACCUAAUUCCUCUGAGACUCAGCUUUUUCAUUUGCAAAAUGGAAUGAUACCAGAGUAAUAAAAACAGCUAACCUCUGUUGAA